AAUCGUGCUCCCGCCUCCUUUCGUCACUUCCUCUCUAGGCCCUGCGCAGUCCAUAAGGAAACCUGGAGGCUUUCUUUUUCUCAGGCUCCCGCGAACAUGGCGGACAUUCAGACUGAGCGUGCGUACCAGAAGCAGCCGACCAUCUUUCAAAAUAAGAAGAGGGUCUUGCUUGGAGAAACUGGCAAAGAGAAGCUUCCGCGGUACUACAAGAACAUUGGUCUGGGCUUCAAGACGCCCAAGGAGGCCAUUGAGGGCACCUACAUUGACAAGAAAUGCCCCUUUACCGGUAAUGUCUCCAUCCGAGGGCGCAUCCUAUCUGGCGUAGUGACCAAGAUGAAGAUGCAGAGGACCAUUGUCAUCCGCCGAGACUACCUCCACUAUAUCCGAAAGUACAACCGCUUUGAGAAGCGUCACAAGAACAUGUCUGUGCACCUGUCCCCCUGCUUCAGAGAUGUCCAGAUCGGUGACAUUGUCACAGUGGGUGAAUGCCGACCCCUGAGCAAGACUGUGCGCUUCAACGUGCUCAAGGUCACCAAGGCUGCAGGCACCAAGAAGCAAUUCCAGAAGUUCUGAAACUGGAUACUUCCCCACUCCACUGAACAAAAUAAAGUUAUUUUCUCAGUCAUG